CACAUGGUCUCGUCUCCUAUGUCGAGGAUAGAGGUGUGCAACGGUCUGGACUUGAUCGGAUCAAAUUAAGGAGAAUCGUGAUAAAAAAUUAGGGGUGGGCAUUAAUGGGGUUCAGAACCGGUUGAAGUGAGAUCAGAUCGAAUCAAAAGGAAAAAAAAAACAGAGGACGAGAACCAUACCAAAAGCCAAUAUGGUCCAUUCGAUUCGGUUCGAUCCAAAUUCAACGUUGGUCCAUCUUUUUCAUACUCUUAAAAUUCAUAUGAUCGAAAAUGAAUCGAAAUACAUUUGAUUCGAUUCAAUUUGGUCAAAAUAUCUAUUUGGUACGAUUCAGACUAGUUUUGACAGAAUCGUGGCCCACCCCUAACAAUUGUAAGAGACUUUCAUGGACCAAUAACCAUACCAACAGAGCAUUCGAGCCGUUUUAGUUUGGUCCAAAUAUUAUUUCGAUCCAUUUUUCUUCUGUAUUCAUAAAAUUUAUGCAAUCAAGGAUGGGAUCAUAUUAUACUCGGUUCGACACGGUUGAUACAAAAGUCAAUUUGAUUCGAUACAAUUCGUUUCGGAUUGAACAGUUGUUAGGAAUGGCAAUGAGGCAGGUCCGGGGCGGGUUUCUUGGUACCCAGAUCCGCCCCGUGGCAGGUUGGGUCCAGGCCGGGUAAUUUAUCACGGGUCGGGGCAGGACGACCCAUUGGGUAUGGAAUUUAUAUGAAAAACAUUAGAAAUAUUCGUUAUUUUUAUCAUAAGAUGAAGAAAACUAACAAUAUUAUGAUAAAUGUAGUUAAUUUCUAGGAGAAAUUGAGAUUUUCACUAAUUUACAACUUUAUUAUAGCUAAAAUAUGAUGUAAUAAAAGGAAAAUUCUAAGCAAUUUGACUGAAAUUAUAUGUAAUUUAGGAAAGAACGGGUCGAGAAUGAGACGGGUCAGGACAGGUCGGGUCGAUGAUAAUACAUAUGCCCGCCCCGUCUAUGGUAAAACGGGUCAUGUCGAAAUUGCCAUCCCUAUCCGUUGCACAGGGUAGUUAUCCGGUUAUGAGCUCUUCCGUCUAUCCGAAGCCCGUGAAUCCUACGAGGCCCAAAGUUGAAACGGGAUCCAAGACGAUGUACCCGAACCCGGAAACGUGGCGUUUUCAUGAGCCCACAAAAAAUAUCAUUCGGAUAACACGAAAAAAAGUGAAAAAGCAAUUCAAUCUGAUUGAAUGGACGGAGGCUUCUCAACGUCUCCAAAGUCCAAACCUUUACCCGCAAAGAAUAACAUUUCGCCGUCGAUCCACCGCCGAUCACUAACCCGGUGACACUUCUCCCGUCUGUACCACCUUAGAAAUCCCUUCAACUCUUACGAUUUAGUUGAAUGAUGAGGAGCUUGCCAAACCCAGUUUCGACUGUACCAACCCAAUGCCAAGAAACCACCGGCGGUUCAAUGACGAUCUCCUGCGGAUUCUUCUCCCACGUCCCAAAUCUCCACUCCUUCUCCCUCAACAAGGCCUUCACCAAAGUUUUAGCUUCGACCCAGAUCACAAUCUCCCCCAAAGAUUCCGUCUUGACGCUACCCAACUGGAGGGACUCUCCGAACAAUCCCAAUCCAAAUCCCAGUGCAAGAAGCAAGGAAUCAAGACAAACCGAAGAGUUCUACAAUCUGGAGCACAAGGUGGCCAAGGGGCAGAAGCCGGACGUCAUUAAAGCGACCCAAUUGAUGUACGACCUCUGCAAAUCGGACAAGCUCAAGAAAGCAAUUCGAGUCAUGGAGAUGGUGCUCCACUCCGGGAUCAUCCCUGACGCAGCUUCCUGCACUUUCCUGGUCAACAAUCUCUGCAAGAGGGGAAAUGUCGGGCACGCGAUGCAGUUGGUGGAGAAGAUGGAGGAAUUCGGGCUCCCAACAAGCAGUACGACUUAUAACUCGCUGGUUCGAGGGCUGUGCAUGCAGGGGAAUUUGAAUCAGUGCUUGCAGUUCAUCGACAGGUUGAUACAGAAAGGGCUUGUCCCCAAUGCAUUCACUUACUCGUCGCUGCUCGAGACCGCGUAUAAGGAGCGAGGAGCGGACGAGGCAAUAAAGCUUCUGGAUGAGAUCAUUGCGAAAGGAGGAAUGCCUAAUCUGGUCAGCUACAAUGUGCUGUUGACUGGUUUGUGCAAGGAAGGGAGGAUUCACGACGCGAUUCGACUGUUCAGGGAGCUGCCUUCCAAAGGGUAUAGUCCCAAUGUGGUGAGCUACAACAUACUGUUGAGGAAUUUGUGUUAUGAAGGGAGGUGGGAGGAGGCGAAUGAGUUGUUAGCAGAGAUGGAUGGGGAGGAAAGGACUCCCUCUGCUAUUACUUACAACAUACUGAUAAGCUCGCUGGCGAUGCAUGGGAGAACCGAGCAUGCCCUCCAAGUGCUCGACGAAAUGACGAAGGGGGCGGCUCACAGGCCGACAACGGCGACCUACAAUCCGAUCAUCGCGCGUUUGGCUAAGGAAGGAAUGGUGGAGAUGGUGGUGAAGUGUUUGGAUCAGAUGUUGUAUCGUCAUGUCAUGCCUAAUGAUGGAACCUACAGCGCCAUAGCGGUGCUAUGCGAGGAAGGUGGGAACAAGGUGAAGGAAGCCUUCACCAUCAUCAAAAUGUUGGGGAACAAGCGGAGUGCUUCCACUCACGAGUUCUACAAAGGGGUGCUCGCCAGCUUGACGAGAAAGGGGAACACCUACGCAGCAUUCCAGCUUCUGUACGAGAUGACUAAAGAUGGUUUCACUCCCGACUCCCACACGUACUCGUCGUUGAUCAGGGGGCUGUGCGUGGAAGGGAUGCUGAACGAGGCGUUGGAAAUCUUCCGGCUGCUGGAGGAGAGCCGGUACAAGCCUGUGGUGGACAAUUUCAAUGCACUCGUGCUAGGGUUUUGCAAGUGCAGGAGGACCGAUUUGGCACUGGAGGUCUUUGAGAUGAUUGUGGAGAAAGGGUACUUGCCUAAUGAGACGACUUACACGAUUUUGGUGGAAGGGAUCGUGCACGAAGGGGAGAAGGAGUUGGCUGCCGAAGUCUUGAAGGAGCUGUAUGGGCAGGGAGUGGUGAAGUUGAAUACCCUGGAGAGGCUUGUCAUGCAGUAUGACCUCGAACUCGAAGGGCUGAAUGUUUAACAUCAAUGAUCUCGGUAUCUCAACGAAGACAAAUUCGAAGAAGGUGGUGAGCUUAGAUCUGGUUGAUUUUGUAAAGCGGAUGAAUAAUUCUGUGGAUUUACAGGUUCUGCCUUCCAACAUUUGGCAGAACAGAAGGCAUUUCCUUUCCACAAUGAUACAUCAUUCAUUUUGACUGUGCUAACUUGAAAAUGUAAUAUCUCUACAAUAUGUAUUUAGCUGUGAUUUCUAAUUUUCUGCUGUAUGCAACAAUCUACGAGGAUCGACAUUCUUCCAUAAGCACAGCAUAUGGAGCAAAAGCAUGCCACAACUAGAUCAUACCCAACACAGUAGAGAACAAAAAGUUAUACACCAG